CUCAGAUCUAGACUGUGACACAGCUUCUUCUUCUUCUUCUCGGUCCUUUGGGUGGACGACACUGGCACAAUACAUAGAUUGGUUUCAAAAUUUUUAUAAUAACAUCACCAGGCUAUCUGACAAACAAGCUAGCCGUUCCCCUCCGGUCAACUUACUAACCGGUAACAGCAGCCGGGCCAGCUGAUCGUACCCAGAGCCUGUUAGCCAGUUAGCCCGCUGUCUCUCUCCAGUCAACUGCCCUUUGUCUUUUCAGGCAAAUCAGCUAGCAAGGCGCUGCUUCUUCUGUCGGUCAGCUAACGCCGAAUCCCGCUGCUUUCUUUUAUUUUUCCACCUGACAAGAAUCAAGCAAACCAAGAUAGGCGGCUUGGGAACAAAGAUGUCGAACCGAGUGGUGUGCAGAGAAGCAAGUCACGCCGGGAGCUGGUACUCUGCUUCAGGAUCCCAGCUGAAUGCACAGCUAGAAGGCUGGCUGUCUCAAGCACAGUCAACCAUCAGACCUGCGAGAGCCAUCAUAGCGCCCCAUGCUGGGUAUACCUACUGUGGUGCUUGUGCAGCACAUGCCUACAAGCAGGUUGAUCCCUCAGUUACUCGUAGGGUGUUCAUCCUGGGACCUUCACACCAUGUGCCCCUCUCCCGCUGUGCCCUGUCACCUGCAGACAUCUAUAGAACACCCCUCUAUGACCUGAGGAUCGACCAGAAGGUUUAUGCUGACCUCUGGAAAACCGGGUUGUUUGAGAGGAUGAGUCUGCAGACAGAUGAAGAUGAGCACAGUAUUGAAAUGCACUUGCCUUAUACUGCUAAAGCCAUGGAGAGCCACAAAGACGAGUUUAGCAUCGUUCCUGUGCUCGUUGGAGCCCUGAGCGAGUCGAAGGAACAGGAAUAUGGGAAGCUGCUCAGCAAGUACCUGGCAGACCCUUCAAACCUUUUCAUCGUCUCAUCUGACUUCUGCCACUGGGGUCAACGGUUUCGCUACACGUACUACGAUGAAGCUCAAGGAGAGAUCUACAGGUCUAUUGAGCAUCUUGAUAAAAUGGGGAUGGGCAUUAUAGAGCAGCUGGACCCCAUGUCUUUUACCAACUACUUGAAGAAGUACCGCAACACCAUCUGUGGGCGCCACCCGAUUGGAGUACUGCUACAUGCUGUGGCCGAGCUGAGGAAGUCUGGUCUAGAAAUGAACUUCUCUUUUCUGAAUUACGCGCAGUCGAGUCAGUGCAGGAACUGGCAGGACAGCUCCGUGAGCUACGCUGCUGGGGCGCUCGUCGUUCAUUGAGGUCAGCUUCUGCAGGGGCCCACCGCAGCGCCGCCACCCUGCCCUUACUAUCUAUCGCCAUAACCUGUCCCAAACGCCCUCCUCCUCCUCCUCACCCCGCCCCGCCCCAAAGCUAUGCCCACUAUUUGCAGGACGGACCUAGACACUCGAAGCCAAUACAGUCCUCUUCUCCUGGUCCCCCUCGUCUCCCCUCGGCCUUUCUUUACCCUUCUGUCAGUUUGAAGUUAGUCUCAGAGCUUUUGGUUGAAUCUUUUGCCUGAAGUACAGUUUUGAGAAUUUGUAGGAGUGAAUGGCUAGAGGAGUUAAGAAGAGGGUGUAUUAGUCUGACUUGGAGGAAGUGUUGGGAAAGUUUUAUUUGACUUUUGAAAGGACUUUAGCUGUUCUUUUAGUCCCUGUUUGUUUUCCUGACGGGAAAAAAAACAAAACAAAAAAAGUUUUAUUGAUGCAACUUUUACAUUUGGGUUUGACCUGUUUUCUUGUAAAUUGCCUCAGAAAAAAAAAAUGAAAAUAAAAGUGAAGAUAUGAAAUAGAUAAUACUCAAAUAAUACCAGAUGAAACUAUGUGGGUGUUUUUGAUUGACUGCUUCAAGUUCCAGUUUGAAAGAGAAUCUUAGGUCAACAGUAUCAUAGCUCAACAAGGUUGUAGAUUCUAACAAAGGGCUGCACCCAACCAAGUCCACUAACCCCCUAUUGUACAAACCAAAAACAUUUAUUAUCAUAUUAGUUGACGAAAUAUAUUUUAUCCUGUUUUAUUAUUAUUUUUCUCAGUAGUCUUAUUAGAUGUGAUAGUAUUUACUCAAUUAGUGUGUAGAUUUGAACAAAAGCAGCGUUGUCACCUCAGCUCUGAAGCCAUCGACAUGGUUUGCCCGGUUAAAUUAGCGUGCAGAGCUCGGCUCCUGGCUUCCAGUCACAUGCUUGUAGCAUUCGAGACACAUUAAGCUGGGACUGAACUGCAGCAGGGGGUUAAUGUACGAGGCUCCAACACUGACACCUCUCGUCCUUGUUUACACUGCCAUCUUGAAGCCCUUCAGUUACUGAGUUGUCAGUUUAAGAGACACCAAUUACAGUUUCUGUCUCUCUUUUUUUUUAUUUGGUUCAGUUGUAGAAAUGGUUGGUUUUGCGUUCAGUUCUGUAAACGCAGAAACUGCUGGUUUUAGUUGAAGCUGGAACUCGAGGGCGAGCGGCACCGUUUGUGUUUUUACAGCUCUCUUUGGUAAUGUUUUGAUUGAGGAAUGCCAAAAGAUGUUUGGGAAAAAUGUAAGUUUUCAUAUUUAUGUUUACUUACUUUUAUUGAGAAUCCACAAUAAGAUAUAUCUUGAAGCAGCUGGAGCAUCAGUGAAACAAGAUAGAACAAGUCAUUGAUGGCUAAAUUAUUGAGAUCAGCACAAAGGCGUGAAACAGAUGUUGCUCCCUGCUGUUGAUUAAAAACAUGACAUUUUCAUGAAAUCUCAACACAAGGCCCACAGGAAAAA